CUGUGCCAAAUUCAUAUCACGGAAUUUUAUUCGUAUCGUUCAUGUUUAGCAUUUUCUUACAUUCCAGGCACUUCACUGCCCGAAGUAGUAGUGAUAAAAUUAAGAUUUCGCAGUAAAGAAUAAAUGUUAUGUCAUCAUUCCGUAUCUGUAAUUCAGUAAUUUCACUGAUUCUUUACAAUUCGCAGCGCAAUGGUAUUCGUUCAGUGAAAGUGUAUGCUUAAUACGCAAAAAUGACAGGUAGUACAGCUGUCCAGGUUUUUGUGUCAGGUCUCAAGAACCGGAAUGAAGAUGUUCGACUUAAAACUACAAAAGAUCUACAUCAUUACAUAACUACUGAGCUCCGUGAGAUGAGCAUAGAGGAUGUAACUGCAUUUUUGGAUGAGUUUAAUCAUCAUAUAUUUGAAAUGGUGUCAAGCUCUGAUGUGAAUGAUAAGAAAGGUGGAAUUUUGGCCAUUGUGAACUUAAUUGGAAUCAAUGUUGGAAAUACAGCAACUCGCACUAGUCGCUUUGUGAAUUAUUUGCGUAAUUUAUUACCAUCGACAGACACAGGUGUUAUGGAAUUAGCAGCUUAUGCAAUAGGCAGACUUGCAUUAGUCAGUGGUACUUAUACUGCAGAAUAUGUGGAAUUCGAAGCUAAAAGGGCAUUUGAAUGGCUGAGUGGGGAUCGCCAAGAGGCUAAAAGACAUGGUGCUGCUUUAGUUCUCCGAGAAUUAGCAGUUUCAACGCCAACAUUUUUCUUUCAACAGGUUCAACAGUUUUUUGAUUGUAUAUUUAAUGCUGUGAGAGAUUCUAAGCCUUCUAUCAGGGAAUCAGCAGUGGCAGCCUUAAGAGCUGCAUUAGUUGUUACUGCUCAGAGAGAAACUAAAGAGACACAAAAACCUCAGUGUUAUAAGCAAUGUUAUGAUGAAGCUGUGAAAGGUUUUGAUGAAGCUGCUAAAGAAAAAGGUGUUGCUAGAGAUGAUAAAAUCCAUGGGUCACUGCUUGUUAUCAAUGAACUGCUGCGUUGCAGUAAUCUGGAAGGAGAACUUAUUCGUCAAGAAUUAGAAGAUAUAAUUCAGCAGCAAGCAUCUCAUGAUGCCCAUGGUCAUCGUUAUAGCUUCUUGAAGGAACUUGGUACUGGGUCACUAACUCGUAGCUUUCGAGCUUUACAUCAGCUGCAUCAAGGUGGCCAGUCAGGAACACAGAAAGGCAUUGGACUUUCAGCUGUUGUUAAAUAUCACAAAGCUCUUGGCACAUAUCCAGGUGUUGUUAUG